AUGGAAAUAUAUGCAAAGGCAUAUGAUGUUAAAGUGUGGAGGGUCAUCAAAAAGGGAAACUAUCCUCUGUCGGCUGCUGCUCAACCUCUUGCUGAUCCUGAAGAUAUAGACUCAUAUACAGAUGAGCAAAUGACGGUUGUGCAAGUCAACAACAAGGCAAGAAAUUUGCUCUACAAUGCUAUAAGUGGUGAAGAAUAUGAAAAAAUCUCCGGCUGUGAUACAUCCAAAGAAAUGUGGGAUAAGCUUGAAGUUACAUACGAAGGAACCAGCAAAGUGAAGGAAACACAUAUCAACAUGUUGGUUCACGAUUAUGAACUCUUCCAGAUGAAAGAAGGAGAAUCCAUUGAGGAAAUGUUUGCCAGAUUCAGUAAAAUCAUUAGCGAUCUAAAAGCUUUCGGCAAACCAUACUCAAGUGGUGAUCAAGUGAGAAAGAUUCUUAGAAGCUUAUCAACCACUUGGCAAACUAAAGUAGUCACACUUGAAUCACAGGAUCUGAAUAAAUUGUCUUAUGACGAAAUUCGUGGAGAACUCAUAGCUUUCGUAAAGACACAUCUAAAGAAAACAAACCAAGAAGAAAAGAUGAAAACAGUUGCAUUCAAGGCCACAACUAAGAUAGCUGAGAAUGAUAUCGAUGAUGAUCCUGAAGCUCUUCAAGAAGAAAUCGCUAUGAUAUCAAGAAACAUGGAUGGUUUAAUGAGAAGAUUCAGGUAUACGAGAAGAGGAAUGAUCCCACCUAGGCGAACCAGGCAAUACAACGAACAAGAUAAGAAUGAUGGAAAAUGCUAUGAGUGUGGAAGAUUUGGACAUAUUCAAGCCGAGUGUCCAGAUCUAAAAAGAAAAAUCUCCAGAGGAUGCUGGACAGAUGAGGACACUUCAGAUGACGAAUGCAAUGAUAACAAUGAAAACUGCUUCAUGGCUCGAGGAGAAACAAGUGAGCUAUACGACUCAGGAUAUGAGGUAAAGUUUAAGAAAACAGGUUGUGCUGUUGAAGAUGAGACAUGUAAAACAAUCCUCCCAGGUAAAAGAUUCAGUAAAAUCAUUAGCGACCUAAAAGCUUUUGGCAAGCCAUACUCAAGUGGUGAUCAAGUUAGAAAGAUUCUUAGAAGUUUACCAACCACUUGGCAAACUAAAGUAGCCACACUUGAAUCACAGAAUCUGAAUAAAUUAUCUUAUGAUGAACUUCGUGGAGAACUCAUAGCCUUCGAAAAGACGCAUCUCAAGAAAACAAACCAAGAAGAAAAGAAGAAAAUAGUUGCAUUCAAGGCCACAACUGAAAUAGUUGAGAAUGAUAUCAAUGAUGAUCUUGAAGCUCUUUAA